UUUUGCCCAACUUGAUUUUGGCACUGAUAAAUUCAAAAAUAUUCAAUGUUCAGUUCUAUAUAUCAAACAAGUUGAAAAACUAAAAGCUGAUAUUGUUUUCUUGUCUAAAUAAAUAGUAGAGACAGGCAGCAGUGAUCAUCAUCUACUGGAAAAACAAAAAUUCAAAGAGAAUGAUAACAAAAGUUGACUGUCCAAAGUCACCAGAUAAAAAAUAACAUAAUUAAAAGAUCAAAAAAAUUGUAUCAUUUGAUGAUUACUAACUCUGGUCUUAUUGGAUGUUGUUGUUAUCAAAACAUAACCUGUCGAUUUUCAUAAUGCUGAGAAUAAAUUGCUCCAAUAUAAGUAACAUUGGGACAAGAGCAAUGUCAACAUUUAAAUUGGCCCUGGCCCAACUCUCUGUUGGCACUGAUAAGUCUGAAAAUAUUCAACGUGCAGUGUCAUUUAUAAAACAAGCUAAAAAAUUACAUGCAGAUAUUGUUGUAUUACCAGAAUGUUUCAAUUCACCAUAUGGAACACAACAUUUCAAAAAAUAUGCAGAGGAAAUACCUGGAGGUGAAACAUCCAUUGAACUAUCAAAAGCUGCAAAAGACAAUGGAAUUUGUGUUAUUGGUGGUACAAUUCCAGAAAAAGAUGGUGAUAAGUUAUUCAAUACUUGUACUGUUUGGGAUGAUCAAGGACAAUUUGUUAUAAAACACAGAAAAAUGCAUCUUUUUGAUAUUGACAUCAAGGACAAGAUAACAUUUUUCGAAUCUGAAACAUUAUCUCCAGGAAAUGACUUGAAUACUUUUAACUUUAAGGGUUGCAAAAUUGGCCUAGGAAUAUGCUAUGAUAUUCGUUUUGAAGAAAUGGCUCGACUCUAUCGUAAUGCAGGUUGCCAAAUGUUGGUUUAUCCAGCUGCAUUUAAUAUGACAACUGGACCAUUGCACUGGGAGUUGUUACAACGGUCAAGGGCAAAUGACAAUCAGUGUUAUGUUGUUUGUGUAUCACCAGCUCGUGGUUCUGGCGCUGGAUACAUUGCUUGGGGUCACAGUCAACUUACCAGUCCAUGGGCCAAGGUCAUUUGUGAUUUGGGAGUUGAUGAAAAUAUUAUUGUUGCUGAUAUAGAUUUGUCAGAGGUGGAAGACGUGAGAAAACAAAUACCAAUUUCAAAACAGAGACGAACAGAUAUUUAUGAUACAAUUUUACAGAAUAAAUAAUUUAUAAUUAUUUUAUAAUUUAAUUAUUCUUAAUAUUAACAGGAAAAAUCAAAGAUAAAAAAUAUAUCGAUUUAAAUAAAAUAAUUAAAACAGGGGAACAAAAUAAGUAAGCAUAAUAAAUAGGUAAAAUUAUCUAACUAAAUUUUCACAUAAAAAAUUAAUUAAUUAACAAGGUAUAUUAAUUAAAAAAUUAAGAAUAAACCAAUAUACUUUUAUGGGUAAAUAAGUAAGGAAAAAACUUGGAAAAAAAUUAUUUUGUUAAUAAAAAUAUGUCGAAUAGAAUAAAAUAAUAAACGUUGAAAAAUAGUUGUUGUUUAAAUCUGCAAUAAAAAUAUGUUAGUAAAUAAUUAAAGAAAAAAUAAACGACAAAUAUUUCUGGUCAGGGAAAAUAGUUUUUUUUUUUUGUUUUUUAAUUUUUAUUACAUUUUUUUUUAUUUACAUAUUUUUUUUAUAGUUGAGGAAGUAAGAAUUUAAAUUCCAAUUUUUAAGCAAAAUAAAUGUAAUUAAUUAUAUUUACCAAAAAAAAAAAAUAUCUUUUAUUUUUUUUUUUAUAACAAGAGAAAUAAAAUAUUGUGAGGAAAAAAU